AGCCAGGAAGAAGCGAUAGCUCUGCUAGAGAAGUCCUUCGGCAGUGUUGUUUUGAUUAAACGGUGCAUUUUUAGGGGUUUAUUCCCCUAUCUAACCCGUUCUUGUAGAUGAAAGACAGGUGUUGGUGACACCAUGGCACCACUCCUGUUAUACCGCAUCGUCAGCUCCCUAACCUGCCAUCUAACCCAGAUCACCCUCAGCCGGAUCUACCCUAGCACUGCCACCACCAUCUCCCGCUGCCUCUCCUCCCUUACAUCCUACCCAGCCAGAGGGCUCCUGACCCCGGGUAGACCCAUCCAGCCCCUGGCCUCUUCUCCUCGAUCUUCUCCCCAGGAUGGUGGCUCCCUCCUAGGCCAGUGUCAGCACCUGGCCUGCCUCCAGCCCGCUUCAGGGAUGAAAACCAAGAGCGCUCUGAAACGGCGCUGUAAAGAUUGCUUCUUUGUGGUACGGCGGGGUCGUCUAUUUGUGUUCUGUAAGGCUCACCCCAGACACAAGCAGCGACAGGGGUGAAGAGGAGCAGGGGGUGUAUGGUCCUCUAAAUGGUUUGUUACUUGAAUUGCCACAUUAAAGUUUUUGACUGAUU